AUGGCUGCAUGCUUGACAUCUGUUGAUCGCGAAAUGUGCCCUGCAUUAUGCUGCUAUUUUGAGAUGGUGGAUUGUGAUAGACCAUCAGACACUGAGCAAUUCAGUAGGCAUAUUACACUGUUCAUGCACAUCAUGCCCAAUUGCAGUCCCACUUGCACAUCACUCCAUCCUUUAGGUCCGAUACCCAGUAGCAAUAGCGUUAUACACGUAGCUCAGCGACUCGAAAGUGGGUUUCGGGAAGCUCAAAUCCCCCCACCAACUAAGAUCCUCUUUACCCGUUUUACGAGGACAAUCCACGUGCUAUCAACUGACUCCCAACCGCCAAGAAAAUAUAUUACAUUAAGAGCUAGAGCUAGCAAUAGCUACUUAUCUUGGUCUAACGGUAAAAAACAUCCCCACUAUACUCAAGUAGAUACAUACCCCUCUAGUACGUAUUAG